AUGGAGCACAAUCAGAGAUCAGAGUCGAUUGCGAGUCAUGUCGCGAAAACAUUCGAGUCCUUUCGAGCCUUGGAAGAUGCUCUUGCCGCAACGGAUAGCUUCGAUAACCCUUCGGAGGGUAUUGACUCAAACAACCUUCUUUCCACGUUAGAAAAUGACUUUACUCGUUUCAAGAUGUGGGCUGGUAAUCAGGCAGCUCAUCAAAGUGGCCCUUCCUCUCUAGAUCAUCGACUCAGGGAAGCCCCUCAUCUACAACAGCAGGUCAUUUAUCUUCUCAAAGAUAUAUGCGAAUCUUUGGAGGACGCAUCAUCCAAUGUCUCCGAGAGACCAGAGGACCAAACUCAAGAAAAGGGACGAGACCAGAACACCCAAGACGAUGACGCAUCUACCAUGGACUCGGCUCAAGACGAAGAAUCUGAUUUCUCCGACUCUGACUCGGAUCCCGACUUCGGAGCACCGACUACAGCCCUUUCAACAUUCUUACUAGACAUAGGGGAAGCUAUAGACUGUCUCUUACGCCUCUCAGUGGCCAUAGCGAACCCAGCACCCCACGAACGCUUCAGAAAACUCGGAGCCGGGCCUUCUGAGGAUGUCUCCUUCUACGAGCCGCAUGACAUCGCCUAUGUCAGAGACAAGUUCCCGAACAUCUCCGAUGAGUUGGCAGAAGGCCUAGGAAAAUUCAUCACUCGUCGACGCCAGUUCUUCAAGUAUCGUCACGCCCAUCAUGAGAAGUUAGCUUCCGGUAUUGAAACAUUGGUGUCGAACAAAGAAACUGAUACGGGUCGCACGGAGAUUGUUCCCAAAACAGUCGCUUCUUCUCUGCCGGAACAGUUCAAGACGCUGGCCAGGUUUGAUCCUCAGGCCCCCGUUAUUGAUGAAGAUGUCCGAUCGGAUACCGGAAUGUCGCAGACAUCUUAUGCUACCUCGGCUGGAUUUACCUUGGAAGGGACAGAUCGGGAGACGCGCAAGCCUGUGCCUCCGCUAAGGGUACCGCCACGACCUAGCGCUGCGGAAGAUGGCAUAUUUGAGUGCCCGUUCUGUUACAGGAUGAUAUCUGCCAAGAGCAGAACAGCAUGGAAGCGACACGUUUUUGGAGAUCUUCGUCCCUAUACCUGCAUCUUAUCUCAUUGUACCAAAUCAAACACAGACUUUGACCGUCGACACAACUGGCAGUUGCAUGUUUCCAAAUAUCAUUGGCGAUCAUGGUCGUGCCCCUUCAAAUGCCAGCAGCCGUUCUCUUCUAUGGCAGAACUGAGCAACCACAUCAAGAAUCAUCAUUUACCGACUGGGUCUGAAGACGAGAUCAAAUCAGUAACGGCUCUCGGUGAAAAACCCGCCCCAGAUGAUACUUCCAGCCAUUGUCUUUUGUGUGGACACUCUGUCACAGGUUUGAAGAAAUACGUCAAACAUGUUGGCAGGCAUCUCGAACAGUUGGCCCUUUUUGCUCUUCCAAGUUUAGAAACAGGGGAUCAGGAGGAGGAGACAGGGAGUAACGAGCAGAACAGUGUCAAAUCUGGAACAGAUGCCAACAGCUUGGAUGGCCCCUCCACCACACAAUCCCCAAUCCUUGCACCACAGAAAAACGCAAGUCAUGAUUUCCCUGUUGAAGUGAUGGCGGAGGAGGAAUUUGUGGUAGAAGAACUGGAUGACGAAGAAGAAACAGACUCGCAUGGUGACAACGAGAACCCCGAGGACCCGCGCAACCGGAGUGAAAUAGCCCGUGGCAAGCUACCAGCCACGCACGACUUUUCGGGAAGUAUUCAGGAGCAUACUGAGUUCCCCGCUGCCACGCAGAACGAGCAACAGACUAAAGAUGACGCAGCGAAGAAAUCUGCUGAAGAAUUUGAUAAGGUUGAGAAGCUCCAUGACGUCUAUUCAAAGGCCGAGGAAGUUUCUGUUGCUGAAGCGACUACAAAGAAGCCCGCCGAGAAAGCUGAAAAGCGGGAAGAGGAACUGGAACAAGAAGUAAAAAUUCGUUCAUGGAUGGAAUUGAAUACUAAACCGGACCGCAUGAAAGGAUCGUCAUCGUCACCUCACGAAGUCCUUCUAGGGGACUCCGAAAACCACCGACAGAUAUCUCCUCCUGAUAGUAUCCAAAAACCGCGGGGAAAUUUAUACAUGGCCAACCAAGCUGAUCGUGGCACAGGUCCAGGACAAGGCCAAUCCCAGCAAACUCAAUGGCACCAGAAUAUGGCCAGCCUCUCACAAGAAGAUCAAGACAGGGUCACAGAACGCGCCACGAAGAUGUUUACUGCUGCCUCUGAGCAACAAAAGUCCCAUACCCGCUCACAAAUCCUAUCCAUAUUGUCUUCUGCUCAAUUGGCAGAGAUAGAUAGUCAAGGGAUUGAUCCUUUAAUGUGGUUUUACCAGAACCAGGCCUUUCAAGUUAGAAAAGCGAAUGCGGACCGAAUUCGGCGGCAACUGGACUUCGAUACUCUACAAAUUCCACGUCACAAGCUUCAAUGCGAUGAGUGUUCAAAAAGUUUCGAAAAGGCCGAACAUCUGAGACGGCACAAGUUAAGUCAUUCGCCUCCCGAAUUCUUCUGCCCUGUUCCGGAGUGUGGAAAGACGUUCUAUCGUAAAGACCUGUUCGAUCGUCAUAUUGCAAGGCACACCGAGGAUGAAGGAUCGCGACUUCGGGACGAGUGGGGGUAUGUCAAGAAUACGGGGUUUCCAGACUCACGCUGGAAUGCAAUCGAAGCAUACGAACCUAGCGUGGGAGGGCUGUCGACAGUUGGGUCAUCAGAGGCACAUGUUGUUCCGAUAGAGGACGAGCAUUCACUACCUCGACCUCCCACGCCACAGGAUGAGCAUUCACUACCUCGACCUCCCACGCCACAAGAUGAAACAAAGAGUCCUACUACCUGCACUAAUUGCUUUACUCAAGUGACGCCUCUGUGGAGACGGAGGCCAGACGGCCAGCCGCUUUGUAACGCUUGUGGCCUUUUCCUGAAAUUACACGGCGUUACGCGGCCGCUCAGUUUGAAAACGGACAUCAUAAGGAAGCGUAACCGUGCUUCUGGCUCUAUCAUCACGAAUGAUCCAUCUGAGUCUGUCGGAGCGGGUCAAAGCGAACUUGACAAGGAUUCUGAACUGGACAUCAAGGGAAAAUCCAAGGUUGAUGAUCAAGUCGACGGAGACUCUGUUGGUCGAGUAGCAACAGAUAACCUUUCCAGUUACAACUCUGCCGACGAGUGGAAGUGGUUGACGGAUAGUCUGUAG